CAGAAGAUGGCGGUAAAGCUCCUAACGGCUGGUUUCCAACCGUUGAUUAAACAUUACGUAGAGUGUCAAGAUGGCGUCGCAGUAUUAUCAAGAGAUGCAAGAAAGCUUCAAAAAUAACAACAAAAGUCGUGAAUUCCCGGCUCAUACAGCUAAAGUUCACUCGGUGGCGUGGAGCUGCGAUGGCAGGAGACUCGCCUCCGGGUCUUUCGAUAAAACAGCGAGCGUUUUCAUCCUCGAAAAGGACCGUUUGGUGAAGGAAAACAACUACAGGGGUCACGGUGACAGCGUGGAUCAGCUCUGCUGGCAUCCAACCAACCCAGACCUGUUUGUCACGGCGUCCGGUGACAAGACCAUUCGCAUAUGGGACGUCCGCACCACCAAAUGCAUCGCCACUGUCAAUACCAAAGGCGAGAACAUCAACAUCUGCUGGAGCCCUGACGGUCAGACCAUCGCUGUCGGGAACAAAGACGACGUGGUGACCUUCAUCGACGCUAAGACUCAUCGCUCCAAGGCGGAGGAGCAGUUCAAGUUCGAGGUGAACGAGAUCUCCUGGAACAACGACAACGACAUGUUCUUCCUCACAAACGGCAACGGCUGCAUCAAUAUCCUAAGUUAUCCGGAGCUGAAGCCCAUUCAGUCCAUCAACGCUCACCCGUCCAACUGCAUCUGCAUCAAGUUCGACCCCACAGGAAAAUACUUCGCCACAGGAAGCGCUGACGCCCUGGUCAGCCUGUGGGAUGUGGACGAGCUGGUGUGUGUUCGCUGUUUCUCCAGGCUGGACUGGCCGGUGAGGACGCUGAGCUUCAGCCACGACGGGAAGAUGUUGGCGUCGGCCUCCGAGGAUCAUUUCAUAGACAUUGCAGAGGUCGAAACAGGAGAGAAGCUGUGGGAGGUCCAGUGCGAUUCUCCAACCUUCACCGUCGCCUGGCACCCCAAGAGGCCGCUGCUGGCCUACGCCUGCGACGACAAGGAGGGCAAGUACGACAACAACCGAGAGGCGGGCACCGUGAAACUGUUCGGCCUUCCCAAUGACUCUUGAGACGCAUCAGC